GCUGCCAUAUUAACAUGGGGCUAGCCACCGACUCUGGGUUAUAAUCACCGGCAGUCACUCCUAUAUUUCAGUCUGCAAAAGUUAGUGCUCCGAGAAGGUCUAAAAGAGAAGUAGAAGCUAUUUCUGAACACUGCAGAAGAAAAUCUUCACUUCUCAAUUUUUGUCGCCCCCUGUGAGAUUAUAUUUUCAACGAUCUGAAGACAUUUAAUUAGUGUGGCGAGAAAAGCCAAAAGGGAAAAGUCUUUUUCUCGUAGACAUAUUGUGCCCAAGAAGUGAAUAGAGGGCGAACAUUUACAACGAAUAUUUCAAUUAAAUUUCAAUCAAGAAGUAAUUUAUAACGAAGAAGUUAAUCUUCAGUCCAGAGACUGUGAUUAAGAUCAAAUAGUUGGAAUACAUCCAAAAAACAUCUGUGAUAUACUCGUGUGUCUCUCUAGACAUUAUAAUUUUACAUUUAUUGAAGUGAAAAAGUAUAAUUUUUGCCAAAUUCUCCGAAGAUGGUUAUUAGAAGUAAGCACUUGUGUCGCCGGGUACUCGAGAAUCAACACAAACUGUGCCAAUUUCUGCAGCAGCAACUUCGCCUGUGCUCCUCAAAUGCCGCACGACCUGCAGCCGCCUUUGCAAAUCAGGAUGAAGACACCAGCAUCAAGAUCACCAAACAAUUCACAUCGACGGCUACAUCCCUUUUGGAACCAAUCGAACAUGCCCCAAAUGUUGGACAACAAUUUUCAUAUUCGGACCUUAGUGUACGAUUGGCAGCCCCACAUGAACUUCAAACAAAGCCAGAUGUAGAUGAGAUGGGAUUUGGAAGAUUCUUCACUGAUCACAUGCUGAAGAUUUUCCACCAUCAAAGUUUGGGUGGAUGGCAAAAACCAGAAAUUACACCUCUGGAAAAUUUGGUCAUGCAUCCCGCGGCCAAAGUCUUCCACUAUGCCGUUGAGCUAUUCGAAGGCAUGAAAGCAUACCGCGGAGUCGAUGGAAAGAUUCGCCUCUUCCGUCCAGAUAUGAAUAUGAAGAGGAUGAAUCUAACAGCUCGUCGGUGUGGCUUACCCACUUUUGAGGGUCUUGAGCUGGUAAAGUGCUUAGCACGACUCGUUUCAAUUGACCAGGAGUGGGUGCCACACACAGAAUGCGCCAGCUUGUACAUUCGACCCACCCUGAUUGGUAUUGAACCCACCCUGGGUGUUGCUUCCUCCGACUCAGCCCUCCUCUACACCAUUCUCAGCCCCGUGGGAGCGUACUUCGGCCCCAAAUCCACGGGUGGUGUCUCCCUCCUGGCUGAUCCUCAGUAUGUUCGUGCAUGGCCCGGUGGUGCGGGUGAUCGAAAGCUCGGUUCCAACUACGCACCCACGAUCUACGUGCAACAGGCUGCAGCCAAGAAGGGUCUCCAGCAAGUUCUCUGGCUCUACGGAGAAGAUCACGAAUUGACUGAAGUGGGAGUUAUGAAUGUCUUCAUGGUGUACAUUAAUGAUCAUGGAGAGAAAGAACUGAUAACACCACCGCUGAAUGGAUUAAUUUUGCCCGGAGUUACGCGUGAUUCUAUCCUAGAACUCAGUAGAUCAUGGGGUCAGUACAAGGUGCGAGAGGGGAAGAUUACCAUGAAGAUGGUGAAGCAGCUGGUUAAGGAAGAGAGGCUCUUGGAGAUAUUCGGAGCAGGAACAGCAUGUGUCGUGUGUCCUGUGCAGAGUAUUAGCUACCUAGGAGAGGAACUUCAUAUACCAACCCUCGAACAAGAAAAACCCGUGUAUGAGCAACUCAGAGUCACAAUGACAGACAUUCAGUAUGGCAAGAUGGAUCAUCCAUGGGCACUUGUAAUCGAUUGAUAAGACUCUCAAAAAUUUUUUCUUCACUCUCCCACUAUCUCCUUGAUUGAAACAAAUUGCCAAAAAAAUAUGACUUCGUUGAAUGAAGAAAUACUAAAAAAUUUAAAAAAAAAUCAAUUUCGAAGGCUCCGAAGAGACACUUCCAAUUAUUUUAAAUUGUAUAGCAACAUAAGCAAUUAAUUUUCCCAAUUGCUUUACGGUACCAUUGAAUUAUUUAUUACAUUUUUAAAUGUGUAUUCAGGUGUGUAUUAGAAUACUUCUCUUGAUGUUUUUUCUCACCUCUCCAAUUUGAUUAUUGGAGAAUUUAUAUUUGUUUAUAAAACUUGAAACAAGCUGUGAAUAAGAUGGAGAAAAAACAUAAUUUAUUUGCAAUUUUUAAUACCAACCUUCCUAAAUGUUAAAUUUAGUAGUUAAAUGGAAAUUCUAAAGAAUAAAAGAAAAAUCCCCUAUAUUGUAAAAUUUACUAUGAUGAUUUGCCAAAAAGAAAGAAAAAAGAAAACAGAGUUCUUGUGAUCUUCACUGAAAAUAUCUGAGGCAAUGUCGUACAAAUAAAUCAAAUGUGCAUUUCUUAGCUAUUAGGAUUGAUUAAAAAAUUAGAAAAUCGAGAUGAGAAAAAUUGGUAAAAUUUUCUGUAAAAAUAUCUCUCCCUGUACAUAUUUUUCUUAGGCUAUAACUGUAGGACAUUUAGUAAUUAUUAUUAUUUUUUUUUUAAUUUUGGAAUGCCAUGUUAAUAACAAAAUUACGUGAGAGGUAGAUUUUCAUUAAAUUACAAAACUCAUACAAAGCUGUAGACGCUGUGAAGACUAUACUUGUUAAUUGUAAAAAAAAAGGAAAAGUUUUUCAUUUUUGGAAAAAAAUCGUUAAUGAAAAUUACCUACUUCUGUAUAAAUAGAAUAUCACUUGUUAGCGGAAAUUUUGUUGAUAUAAGUUAAGGUAAGAGUUUGGAAAUAAAUUGAAUUUCUUAGGAA